GCGAAGGACUUCAUCAUCCAAACUGGAGCUAAAAGUGAGCGUGGAUUUUGUGCAGAAGAGUAAGUUAAAGAAGUCCGGUAUGGCCAUUCUAGAGGUGUACCUACCCUCAGGAUAUAUCUCGGACAAGUCCAGCUAUAAACAAAUUCUAGAUAUUGAACGAGUACGGUUUGUGGAUACCAAGAAUGAAAAAACCGUGGUAAUGGUGUACUUUGAAAGUCUGGCCAAGAAUGAAAUGAAAUGCAUUCCCAUCGAGGCGUACGGAGCAUUUGUGGUGACCAAUCUAAAGCCGUCCAAAGUUCUUAUCUAUGAUAAUUAUGGCAGGAACCAAGAACUUAAAGGCGUCACCUUUAAAGUACCAGAUCUUACCAAGGGGGAUUAUAGCUUGACAGCUGAAGUAAUAUCAGGACUAAAGUUUCAGGACUCAAUUGGUCUUUAUUUCAAGCGCGAUGAUCCACUCGUUUUUAUACUAUUAGACAAGGAUGAUUACAGACCUGGCGAUAGAAUAAAGUAUCGAGUUUUGGUAUUAAACGAACAGCUUCGCCCAGACUUAUACGCCGAUGAAUUGGUUAUCUGCCUAUUGGAUCCCGAAAGAAUCGUUGUAGAUAAAGCUAGAAAUAGCAAAGUAGUAGACGGGGUACUCUGGAUACUUUCAGUUGUCUAAGAAAGCAGCUCUGGGGCAAUGGGAGUUAAAUAUCGAAGAUUCCGAAGGAGAAGAAUACAGGGCCCAUACGAGCACUUAGAUGUCCCAAAGUAUGUCAGUAUACAAGAUGACGAAAUGAAAAUUGUGGUUAAAGCGAAACACUCAUACGGCAGCCCCGUAAAUGGAAAAGGUAUCAUAAAUAUUAACCUGAAAACAGAAGAGAAAAGGAAUCACCUAUUCAAUAAGACAAUAACAGCCAAUGGUGUCUUAGUCAAAGGUCAGGCUGUGUUUAAUAUAAAUCUUGCGGAUGUUGCCAAACAUAUAAGCCCUAUAGAAUCGACCUAUUUGGCAACAAUAAAUGCUACAGUGAAGGAUGAUAUCAGCGGUGAAGAAAUCUCAAAAGUAUCAAAGGUUUACCUACUUUCACAUCGCCAUAUCAUAACAUGUGCCGAUCAGUCAUGCAUGAGGCCUUGGAGGGAAAAGGAUAAUAAGGUUUUCAUAAAAAUAGCAAAUUUAGACGGAUCUCUGGUGAACGACACUCAGUCCGUUGUUAAGUUAAUUUACAGCGAGGGAACGGAAAAAGUUAAACCUUAUUUCAGGAAAUAUAUUGAAGACGAUGCUAAAAAAAAUGUUUAUGAAUUUGUGGGGCAUUUGGAUAAGUCAGGACUGUACGUCUUUACAGCUAACCUUUCUGACUUACCACAGGAGGAAAACAAUUGGCCCUACUAUGAUAUCUCUGCAGAAUACAAAGGUGAAAGAUACGAACUCCAGAAAACACACACACCAACCGUGGGCCUUAUGAUAGAUGUGACAAAUGCCUAUUUCACUCCCCAAAUAGAUGUGAAUUUCUUCCUCCAGAUCCAUGGACCGAAAAAUAGCAAAGGAUUCCCAGCUGCUUUGACUGUUGGCGAUGAGUUCCUGGUGACAGUGAACUCCAAAGAACCGAUCACGUACUUUAUAUAUAACAUAGCUACGCAUCUCUUUUCGCCCCAUUUUUAUAUUUAUGCGUAUUUUGUAGAUUACAAGGGAAUCCUUCAGUACACCAACUCUCAAUAUAUAGUCACGGUUACCCUUCCAAAUGAAAUCAGCAUAUCUGCACCGAAUACUGGAUGUCCAGGCGAAGAAAUCGAGCUAAAAAUUAAAACUGAACCGGAUUCAUUCGUCGGCGUUUUAGCUCUUGAUGAGAGGAUUUCUGAUAUAAGAAUAAGAGACUUCAAUAAGUUACGCGAUAUAGAUUUGCAUUUAGAUGCUAACCAAUUAUUAAAUGCCUUAUCAGAUAUGAAGCUACCUACUCAAUGGCCCAGAAAUUAUCAUAUAGAUAUCUCUAGGUUGGAUGAGCAUUUACGCGAUUAUCAUUUGCACACCUAUAAAAAAGUUCCCGGAUCGAAACUUGGACUUAUUACAAUGACUAAUGCUAAGAUUGAAAAAAGACAAUUUCGACCGUUCGAUAUAGACACUGACGUUUCCCCUCGCAAGAGAUUUGCCAAAAAUUAUAGGUCCCUGGGUCCUCCUUUAGACCCUAUGGAAACUUGGUUAUUUACGGAUAUUAAAAAGACAAACGGAGAGGUGACGGAACUGGUUACGAAGUUGCCCGACUCCUUGGGCACUUGGGCAAUCACCGGCAUCUCUUUACACCCGGAAAAGGGAUUGGGUGUCUUCCAAAGUAACGUUACCAAAAUCAAAACAUUCCAACCUUACUCCGUUUCUAUGCGUUUACCCAUCUCAGUGAAAUUCGGGGAAUCGAUCAGUGUUCCGGUUGUGAUCGUUAACCAUCUUCCUGAUCCAUUAAAUAUUGAGAUAGAAAUGGACAAAGAAUCUUAUGCAUAUGAAAUCGAAGAAUUUGGGGCAAGAAGUGUGGAUUUGGGAUUUUCUCCAAAAUGGUUCGGUUAUUUUCCACUCGAUUUUACCAUAAUCUCUUCAGCCAAAAAUACUACUGUAGAUGAAUCACUUCGAGUUACUUUAGAAGGUAAUACUCAAUAUAGAAACCGUGCCAUCUUAAUCAAUCUCAAGGAUAAUGAGGAAUACAGUAGCUCGUUCCACAUAGAUUUUCCCAAGGAAAUGAUUUUGGAUUCAGACCAUGUUGGAUUUACUUUAUUUGGUGAUCCAUUAGGCACGAUCCUCUCAAAUUUGGAUAGCUCAUUGCCCAGUGGUUCAGGUGAACUGACUAUGUCCAAAAUGGUUGUUAACUUUUUGGUGUGGGACUACCUCAAGGGAAACCAAAAGCUGGAUGAUGAUUUGGACUCCCAAAUUCAAAACAACUUACGAGAGGGUUAUCAGAAUAUACUGAACUAUCGACACGAGGAUGGAAGUUUCAGUUAUUUCGGUCCACCGACAGACAACGGCUCCAUUUGGCUAACCUCUUACGUCGUCCGAUAUUUAACCGAAAUCAAGAAGAUCAUAUAUAUAGAUGAUAAUGUUUUAACGACAGGAUUCGAGUUUUUACUGAGCCGACAGAAAGAUGAUGGAAGUUUCACAGAAGAUUUUGAAUAUUUUGCAGAGGCCGACAGACCCGUAUUCUUUACAGCCAGUGUUCUCCUCGGUCUUCAGAAACAGGACAAUCCCAACAUGGGAGCCAUAAACAAAGCAGCCGAAAACUCAGGUCGAUUUGUGGCCGAACUUAAAUCCCUUUCCAAAGAGGAUGAAGAUCGUAUUUGGUGGGCUGAGGAUGUUCAGAAGCCCAGCCAUCAAGAUGUCGAGAUCACAUCCUAUUCCUUGCUUUCCCUUAUGGAAUCAGAACAGAUUUUGGCAGAAUCCGCCAUAAACACAGUACGAUGGCUGUUGGCCCAACGAAAUACUGACGGGGAAUUUGCCUCCAGUCAACAAACAGUUGUGGGUCUUACAGCAUUGAUUAAGUUCGCUAAUAAAUUUGGCUAUAAGGCAGAUGGCUGGGUAAUAAGCAUCAGCGACGAGAUUAGAUCCAAUAAAUUGGUUAUAAAGCACGAUACAAAUUUAAUAAGCCAAAGUGUCAGCUUCUCUUCUGACACUAGCUAUAGGAUUCAGACGACAGUUAAGCCAAGAACUUUAUCAUCCAAACUGGAGCUAAACGUGUGCGUAGAUUUUGUGGAAAAGAGUAAAUUAAAGAAGUCCGGUAUGGCCAUUCUAGAGGUGUCCCUACCUUCAGGAUAUAUCUCGGACAAGUCCAGCUAUAAACAAAUUCUAGAUAUUGAACGAGUACGGUUUGUGGAUACCAAGAAUGAAAAAACCGUGGUAAUGGUGUACUUUGAAAGUCUGGCCAAGAAUGAAAAGAAAUGCAUUCCCAUCGAGGCGUACAGAGCAUUUGUGGUGACCAAUCUAAAGCCGUCCAAAGUUCUUAUCUAUGAUAAUUAUGGCAGGAAGUCAACCGAAAAUUAUCAAGUCGAAUCGGAGCUAAGCCACUUUUGACACACUCAAAGCUCCAAUAUCGAGUGGUAUGCUUCGUAAAUCAAGCACCUAGGCACCACGGAUCUAAUCGCUCAAUAUUUUACAGUACUACUUGAAGUUAAAUCCAAUAAA